AUGCUGCGCAAGCUCACCGUCGACCAGAUCAACGACUGGUUCACCAUUGGCAAGACCGUGACGGAUGUGGAACUGCUGGGCUCACCGCCCGCCUUCCCGCCCGAGGCGGCCAGGGACGAGGCGCAGCGCAGGGACGCGCCCCCCCGCUUCGGCCCAGCAGCUGGGGCCCAGACUGGGGCCCAGCCGGCAGCGUCCGGGAGGCCACUUAGCCGAAAGAGCUCAGAAAUGGAGUAUAUUGACAAAUACAGACAGCUUGAAGCACAAGAAUUUGAUAUGUGUGGCAGUGAUCAGUCAACCAGUAGGCCAGGUCCAAGGCCAUCUUUGGCUAAAUUAAGCAAUGUGGCAUGCGUCCCGGAGACAACUUACAAAUAUCCUGAUUUGCCUAUAAAUCGAUGUAAGGACGAGGUUAUUUCUCUGAUAGAAAGUAAUUCUGUGGUGAUCAUACACGGUGCCACGGGCAGUGGCAAAAGCACUCAGCUGCCACAGUAUAUCCUGGACCAUUACGUUCAGCGCUCUGCCUACUGCAGCGUCGUGGUCACCCAGCCCCGGAAGAUAGGGGCCACCAGCAUCGCCCGGUGGAUCAGCAAAGAGCGCGCCUGGACGCUCGGUGGUCUGGUGGGCUAUCAGGUAGGGUUAGAGAAGAUAGCAACAGAAGACACCAAGUUAAUUUAUAUGACAACGGGAGUCCUGCUUCAGAAAAUAGUCAGUACUAAGAGUUUGGUGGAGUUCACCCACAUCUUCAUCGAUGAGGUACACGAACGGACUGAAGAAAUGGAUUUCCUGCUGUUGGUAGUCCGCAAACUUCUGAGAACAAAUUCGCGUUUUGUGAAGAUAAUCCUCAUGUCGGCCACCAUCAGUUGCAAAGAGUUUGCAGAUUACUUUGCCGUUCCUGUCCAGAACAAGAUGAACCCUGCGUAUGUUUUUGAAGUGGAAGGAAAGCCCCAUUCAGUCGAAGAGUAUUAUCUUGAUGAUUUGGGGCACAUGCAUCACAGCAGGCUUUCUCCUCACAUCCUGGAGGAGCCGGUGAUUACUAAGGACAUAUACGAAGUCGCUGUCUCCCUGAUCCAGAUGUUCGACCACCUGGAUGUGAAGGAGAGUGGGAGCAAGAGCUCGUCGGGUGCCCAGUUUGUGGCGGAGCGGAGCAGCGUGUUGGUGUUUUUGCCAGGUCUGGGUGAAAUAAACUACAUGCAUGAACUUCUCACAAACAUGGUUCACAAAAGGUUACAGGUUUAUCCACUCCAUUCAAGUGUGACUUUAGAAGAACAGAAUAACGUGUUUCUAAGUCCAGUUCCUGGGUACAGAAAGAUUAUUCUGUCCACCAACAUUGCAGAAAGCUCCAUCACAGUUCCAGACGUCAAGUACGUUAUAGAUUUUUGUUUGACUAGAACUCUGGUUUGUGAUGAAGAUACGAAUUACCAGAGUCUGCGAUUGAGUUGGGCCUCUAAAACCAGUUGUAAUCAGAGAAAAGGCCGUGCGGGAAGAGUGUCUAAAGGGCACUGCUAUAGACUGAUCCACAGGGAUUUCUGGGACAGCUCCAUCCCAGACCACGUGGUCCCCGAGAUGUUGCGUUGUCCAUUAGGAAGCACAAUAUUGAAAGUGAAAUUGCUGGAUAUGGGUGAACCGAGAGCUUUGCUGGCAACGGCCCUUUCUCCACCUGGUCUGGGUGACAUUGAACGAACCAUCCUUCUGCUAAAGGAGGUUGGAGCACUUGCAGUGAGUGGGCAGAGAGAGGAUGAGAACCCCCACGAUGGUGAACUGACCUUCUUAGGAAGAGUUUUGGCCCAGCUUCCUGUUAAUCAGCAGCUCGGUAAACUCAUAGUCCUUGGACACGUAUUUGGAUGUCUCGAUGAGUGUCUUAUUAUAGCCGCAGCGCUUUCCUUGAAGAACUUUUUUGCAAUGCCUUUUAGGCAGCAUCUUGAUGGAUACAGGAACAAAGUGAAUUUCUCCGGCAACAGCAAGAGCGACUGCAUUGCACUGGUUGAGGCAUUUAGAACUUGGCAGGCUUGCAGACAGAGAGGAGAACUUCGGCACCCAAAGGAUGAACUUGACUGGGGACGGUUAAAUUACAUUCAAAUCAAGAGAAUUAGAGAGGUGGCUGAGCUGUACGGAGAAUUGAAGAACCGGGUCUCUCAGUUCAACAUGUACGUUGAUUCGCGGCGGCCUGUCAUGGACCAAGAAUAUGUUUAUAAGCAGCGCUUCAUCCUGCAGGUUGUAUUGGCGGGUGCUUUUUACCCAAAUUACUUUACUUUCGGACAGCCUGACGAGGAGAUGGCGGUGAGGGAGCUGGCCGGCAAAGACCCGAAGACCACCAUCGUGUUGAAGCACAUUCCUCCCUAUGGAUUUCUCUACCAUAAACAACUACAGUCUCUCUUUAGACAGUGUGGUCAAGUCAAAUCCGUUGUAUUUGAUGGUACAAAAGCCUUCGUGGAGUUCUCACGUAAUCCGACAGAGAGAUUUAAAACUCUUCCCGCGGUGUACAUGGCGAUCAAGAUGUCUCAGCUGAAAGUUGCCCUGGAGCUGAAUGUACACUCUGCAGAGGAGAUCGAGGGGAAGGUCCAAGGAGGGGCAGUUUCGAAGCUCAGGAACACAAGGGUGAAUGUGGACUUCCAGAAGCAGACAGUAGAUCCCAUGCAGGUGUCAUUUAACACAGUCGACAGGUCCCAGACAAUUACAGAUCUUCUCUUAACAAUUGAUGUCACAGAGGUGGUUGAGGUAGGACACUUCUGGGGAUACAGGGUUGAUGAGAGAACCUCCAAGAUUCUGAGAAAGCUCACUGCUGAAAUAAACCGACUGAAAUUGGUGCCGUUGCCCAUGCACCCGCACCCGGACCUGGUCUGCCUGGCGCCUUUCACUGAUUUUGACCAAGAGAGCUACUUUCGAGCUCAAAUCCUUUACGUUUCUGGGAAUUCUGCUGAGGUGUUCUUUGUGGACUAUGGCAACAGGUCUCACGUGGAUCUGGAUCUUUUAAUGGAGAUUCCCUGUCAACUUCUCGAACUCCCGUUUCAGGCGCUGGAGCUGAAGAUCCGCGGGAUGCGGCCCUCCGCCAAGUCUCUGGUGUGCGGCGAGCACUGGAGCCGCGAGGCCGGCAGGCGCUUCGCCUCCCUCGUGAACGGCCGCGCCCUCCUCGUGAGGGUCUUCUCCGUGGUGCACGGCGUCCUGCACGUGGACGUGUACCGGUGCGCGGGGGCCCAGGACACCGUCAGCGUCAGGGACGUCCUCAUCCAGGAGGGCUACGCCGAGCUCGCCGAGGAGCCCUACGAGUCCAGACAAAGCCACGAAGCUCUCAAGGGUCUCUUCUCCAAGUCCGUGGAAGACAUAGCAGAUAUGUCUAUGCCGUCACCCAUGAAAGAUGACAAAAAGUACCUGAUUCGGAUUUUGUUGGAGAGCUUUUCUUCUAAUAAACUGGGGGCUCCCAAUUGCAAGGCAAUACUUCACGGGCCUUUUAACCCUUAUGAACUGAAGUGUCACAGUUUGACUAGAAUCUCCAAGUUCAGGUGUGUUUGGAUCGAGAAGGAAAGCAUCAACUCUGUCAUCAUCAGCGACGCCCCUGAGGACCUCUACCAGAGGAUGCUGGUUGCGGCUUCCCUGUCAGUCAACGCCACCGGGUCCACCAUGCUGCUGAGAGAGACCUCUCUGAUGCCCCACAUCCCCGGCCUCCCGGCUCUCCUCAGUGUGCUCUUUGCACCCGCGAUGGAGCUGAGAGUUGAUCGGGAUGGAAAAAACUAUACUGGAGUCCUUUGUGGUUUGGGGUGGAAUCCAACCACGGGGGCCCCUAUCCUGCCAGAGCAUGACAUCGAGCUAGCGUUUGAUGUUCAGUUCAACGUGGAGGAUAUCAUAGAGAUCAAUAUUCUCAGGGCUGCUAUUAACAAGCUAGUGUGCGAUGGACCCAAUGGGUCGAAGUUUCUUGGGCCAGAAAGAAUCGCACAGUUACAGGACAGCGCUCGUCAGAAACUUCUAGGUUUGUUCUGUCAGUCGAAACCAAGACAGAGAAUUGUCCCUACGUGGCAUGAAAAGCCAUACGAAUGGAAUCAGGUGGAUCCGAAGCUGGUCAUGGAGCAGGCUGACCGGGAGAGCGCCCGAGGGAAGAACACCUUUCUCUACCAGCUUCACAAACUGAUUGUUCUCAGCGCCUAGGCGUGCCGGCGGGCCGUGCCCCGGUUCGUCCCGAAGGAACCAGAUCGGCCACGGAGCGGUGGAUUAAAGGCUCCAGCUGUAGACUGACUUCUCUGUAUCUGAGCAUUACGGUCUUUGCCCACUGCAUCCGAAAGGUCUUCCCCAUCCUGGUUCCUCUUCUCUGUGGGUGGUGGCUGGAGAGUGGUAUUUCUGUUCUGGUGGGAAGGAUCGGAAAGUCUAGUCUUCUCCAGAAACAGAAAAAUCACUGUGUUAAAGAUUCUGGGAUAACACCGUUCUGAAAGAAAGCUUUAUUUGGAAAAAGAGCUAUAUUUUGCUUUGAAUUUAUUAAGGUAAACAGAAAUAGGCGAUCUUACAUGUAAGGUUCCAGAAUGUGCUAGUAUGUUCUAUCUUGUUACAGUGAUUUAAACCUGGGGUACAGGCAGAACCACGAACCCCAAACCCCGCAACAGGGAGCUGCGUGUUUCUUACAACUGUGUGGCAUUUUCUAAUUUUCUGUGAGGAAAAAUAUUUAAUUUUGAUAAAACUAACUUCAGUUGUGUAUAUUUUAGAUUUUUACUUACGUUACAAUUCGGAGUCCAAAUUUUGGAAAUCAGAGAGAUUACCUGGCAACUAGUAUUAUCUGUGUUAAAGAAUAAAAAAGCAU